AUGCAGAAAGUUUUGACACACAAGAUCGUGCUAAAAGCGCGGACAGAUACUGCUGACCUCGAUGCUUUCUUUACCUGUCGAAAGAAUGUGCUUCUGGCGAAGAGCACGUCCACCCAGGUAGAGGGCAUCUUUGCGGCAUCCGGAGGAAGGUCGGUCCCAGAAGAGCAAGAAGCCCUGCUCCAGCAGUGGCUGGAGGAAGGAGCAGGGAGCUUGCCAGCCAGUGAGAGUGCUCCAGCAGUGGGGAAGGUGUCGGCUGCCCUCACUAGUGACUGGUUAGAAGGUUCGGAGUUAUUGAUGACUAGCCUUAGUGACCUGAAUUCGGCUCCAGAAGUCACGUGGUGUGCCGGUCAGCAGCUUGCAGAGCUACACACCUUGGCAUCUUCAGAACCACAAGAUCAUGCGGUGGCUGAACUGGCAAAAUUACCAGCAGAGGAAGCGGUGGCUGUGGUAGGCAGUGCCCCUUGGGCAGCUGUAAUGCCACAGACGGAUCACCAGCUAGUUGACUGUGCCACUAUAGAUGUAGAAGGGCAGAAUGAAGACCCAGCUGUGCUGGCAUGGAGCUUAGCACAUGAUGCAGAGAUAGUGCCAGUGGAGGCCCCAGCCUGGACCAUUCAGAAUAUGGAACAGUUUCAGCCUCUUCCAGCAGAGGUGCCCUACCAUGAGAUCUUAUGGAGAGACUGGGAAGAUCUUUCUGUCGAGCCCUAUGGGCCAGACCAGGUCUCAGGAAACAUGCCCCUGUUUGAAUUUCGGGUGAUGUCUUACAACAUCCUGGCCCAGGAUCUGGUGGAACAGGGUUUUGAUCUCUAUCUACACUGCCAUCCAGACAUCCUGAACUGGAACUACCGCCUUCCAAACCUUUUGCAGGAAAUCCAGCACUGGGAUCCCGAUAAACAAACAAACAAAAAAAGACCUGGGAAGAUGCUGUCUGCUCGUACAUUUAAGGUUCUGUGUCUCCAGGAGGUACAAGAGAACCAUUACUGGGAGCAGCUGGAACCCACGUUCAGGAUGAUGGGCUUUGAAUGCUUCUAUAAGCGGAGAACGGGCAGGAAAACAGAUGGCUGUGCAGUAUGCUAUAAGCACAGCAAGUUCCAGCUGAUCAGUGUCAACCCCAUAGAAUAUUUCCGGCCUGGUCUGGACAUCCUCAAUCGGGAUAAUGUGGCCUUGGUGCUCUUGCUGCAGCCCCUGCUUCCAGAGGGCUUGGACCUGAAGAUGGUCAGUCCGUUGUGUGUGGCCAACACUCACGUGUUGUACAAUCCCCGCCGGGGGGAUGUCAAACUUGCGCAGAUGGCCUUGCUGCUAGCAGAGAUCGACAAGAUUGCCAAGACUGCUGAAGGCAGCUACUACCCUGUCAUUUUGUGUGGCGACCUGAACUCUGUGCCUGAUUCUCCGCUGUACAAAUUCGUCCGGAACGGUCAGCUUUCUUACCAUGGGAUGCCGGCCUGGAAGGUUUCUGGGCAGGAGGACUUCUCCCAGCAGCUGCAUCCCCGGAAGCUGCUGGCCCCGCUGUGGCCGAGCUCGCUGGGCCUCUCGGACAACUGCCAGUUCGUCUCUGCGAGCCCGCCGAGGCAGCCGGACAGACGCAAGUACAGCCGGGACUUUCUGCUGCAGUUCCAUUUCUGCGACAUGGCCUGUGAACGACCACCACAUUUGAUCCUCUUGGAAGGUGUGACAGAUGCUAAACCAGACCGUCCUGCACACUGGCCCAAGCAUGCUGCUGUGGUGAAUGACCCUGAUUCCCAGUUCGGCUUCCCAAGGUCUUCAGGCGUUAUUCAGCAUGGUCUCAACCUGACCUCAGUCUACAGUCACUUCCUGCCCCAGCGAGGGCGCCCGGAGGUCACGACCAUGCCCAUGGGGCUCGGAGCCACCGUUGAUUAUAUCUUCUACUCAGCAGAGCCCGUGGAGAAUGGGGACAGAGGGGGUCGCAGACUGUAUCAGGAUGGAGCCCUGAAGCUGCUUGGCCGACUUUCCCUCCUCUCUGAGGAUGUCCUGUUGAUGGCAAAUGGCUUACCCAAUCCUUUCUGUUCGUCUGACCAUCUCUGCCUGCUGGCUAGCUUUGGCUUGGAGAUCUCCAGCCUCAGAGAGGCCUCGGAAGGUGUUCAGCACUUGAGGAGGAUGCCCACCAAAACCAGCUGCCAUGAUUGCCUGGGACAGGAGGAUGAUGAUGAUUACUGAUGAUGAUUUUUUUCUGCAACUGUGUUUCUUUAGUUAGAACCUAUGGCUGAAUUCUUUAAAGCUGCCUUAUUAUAAAUCCAACCUAUUAAAUACUGUAAAGCCACAAGAAGGUGCGAUCACUGAUCAGAGUGACGAUCUGAGUGCACAAAGCAGGGCUGUUCCUCCUUGCACUGCCGUCACCUUGCUGAUGACUGUGAUUGGAGUGCACUGCUGGGCUUUGCAAACACACCUAGGGCUCAUCCAAGUGAAGAGGGAGCCUCUGUGGCCUCAUCUAGACGUGGAACACGUGCAGACCUUCCUGGGAUCCCAGCUCCUCCAGUUUGCCUUCCUGUUGUGCCAGUUAAUGGAAUUACUGUCUCUGAUGCUGCUCUUACCAGACUGCAGCCGCUUUGUUUGAGUGCUUCCCGCGGCUCCGAUACUCUGGAAUGCACACUGUAAUUCCUGCUGUCCAACUUACUGCAUCGUGAUGGAAGUACGAGAUGUUUGAGUGUCUGCAGAGACCUCAUCUGCUGUGCUGAUAACACAUCUCGUGCCACCUCCCUCCUUUUGUCAGCUGCACAUGCUUGGCAUUUCCUGUCGGGACAAGUCAUCCUCCAACUGCCACUGGGAAUGUCACUCUAGGCCUGAAACUCUCUUUCUCUUUUCUUGUAAUGGCAGAUCUGGGUUGUGCAUUCUUAUGCUCUGAUGGAAUAGGAAUGUUGUACAGUGGAGCUGGAACGUUUCUUUUUUCCUGACUGUUUUCAGACAGACACAGUUUUCAAGGUGCUGAAGUCUGGUAGGCAGAUUGGGCUAGACAUUGGCCUGCACUGCAGCAAGAGACAUUUGCUCCAUCCAGUCUGUCUUUUUUCUUUUUCUCUCUCUCAAAGGAGAUUUGUCAUCAAAUCCGAGCUGUGUUACUUAGUUUGAGGGCUGACAGUUUUCGGCUGCACUGCUUUGCUCCUCCUGCAUGGCAAGCCAGCUGCAGCAACCCUCAGUUUAUUCAGUUCACAGCUACCUUCAGCAGCUGCUCUCAGACCAGCUAUUCUAAAGGCUUUCUCACUUUUCCUCCUUCCCCUCCUCCAAAAAAAGGGAUGGGAGAUAGCAAGGCAGCCACUCCUUGGCAAAAUGAAAGCCAGGAAAGCCAACUCAACAGAGUAAGUAGGACAGGAGGGACUUCAGUUGUCCAUAGCAGGUCCUCUGCCUCUUCACAAUCUUACCGUCUAUGCACUGAGACAAUUCUUGAAGAAUUAUUUUUCCCUACCACCACCAUUAAUAUCCUGUGUGCUUCUAGGCAUGUGAGGCCCUUAAAUUUUGCAGUCUUCUUGACAUAAUAGCCGACCAGUAAUAUUACUAUUUUUAUUGAUUUCUGAGUUAUGUGGUUUGUACAGCUUCUUUUCAGGCUCUUUUCCAUAACAAAGGCUUUGUAUUAAGGUCUAAAUAGUGUAGUGUCCAAAUGACUUAAGAAGUUGGAAGUGUAGAAACUGUCAACAACGGGAUGAAAGUCUGAUCUAAGAGGGAACAGAAAGUGUUAUUUUUAAAUCUCAGCUGUGGACCAGUCACUGCUUUACCUCUCUGUCUAACACUCAGCCCACCCCAUGUGUCUACUGGGGCUUUAGGGGCGAUCUCAUUUUUAAGAAAGUCAGAUAUGGGGCAGAGGGCAUUCUCAAACAGCUCUACGACCCUCCACUGAGAUGAAGCAGAGGUUUAGAGAGGCUACAGCAUUUAAUUAGAAGACAGGGAGCAAGAAUUCCUCUACUGCGGAAGGACUGUUGUGAACUUCUGGGCUUGAGCACGCUCUUUGCCGGCUUAUGAUGUGGUUACUAUUCUCUUAGUUUCUUAAUGUGACCUAUCAAGUGCUCUGCAAUUAUUUUCCUCCCCAAGGCACCAAACAACUGUCCCCAAGGCAGAGUUGUUUAUAUAGUUUAACUUAGCUGAAAGGGACUGGUGCAUGUGUGCCCCUCUUUGGAGGGACAGGGUGAGGGGGUGCUUAUUCCUUCCCUGCACCCAUACAUGAGCUCUCAGCCUGCUUGCCUACAUCCUGGCCUUGGUCCCAGCUAUUACUCAUUUCCCAAAGAGAAGGAUAUGUUAUGCCUGAAAGAUGAUACCUUGAAUAAAGUUGGAUCCCCCUUGUUGGGGAAA